AUGUUCCCUUACGAGUACGUGGAUUGUGCCGAAAAAUUAGAGGAUACUCGCCUACCGCCGCGCGAAUCGUUCUAUAGUUCUCUGACCGGUGAUACGGUAUCCGAGAGCGAUUACGCGCACGCCGAGAACAUCUGGCAGCGGUUCGUCAUUCGAACGCUCGGCGAGUACAGCGAUUUGUACUUGAAAACGGAUGUCUUGUUAUUGGCCGACGUAUUCGAAAAUUUCCGCGAUAGCUGCAUCAAUAGUUACGGUCUCGAUCCCGCGUAUUAUUACACUCUGCCCGGUUUUACGUGGGACGCGAUGCUCAAGCAUACGCGUAUAAACUUCGAACUUCUUACCGAUAUCGAUAUGGUCAUGUACAUAGAACGCGGUAUACGCGGCGGCCUGAGCCAAUGUUCGAACAGGUACGCGCAAGCCAACAACAAGUACAUGCAGUCGUACGACCCAUCGAAACUUCCGUCGUAUCUCAUGUAUUACGACGUUAAUAACUUGUACGGUUGGGCAAUGUGUCAACCACUGCCCUAUGCCGAAUUGCGAUGGGUCGAUGACACUUCCAAUUUCGACGUGAACAUGAUCGCUCCGGAUUCACCAAAGGGAUACAUUCUCGAAGUCGAUCUCGAGUAUCCGCAACAGCUGCACGACGCGCACGUCAACCAUCCGUUCUGCCCAACGCGCGAUAAGCCGCCGGGUAAACGGCAGGAUAAGCUGCUCGCAACUGUGUACGAUAAGAAGCGGUACGUCAUUCAUUAUCGCAAUCUGCAGCAGUGUACGCGUAACGGUCUUCGCGUCACAAAAAUACACCGCGUAUUAAAAUUCGCGCAAUCUCCAUGGCUCUGCGAUUACAUCGAACUAAAUACGCGAUUUAGAACGGCAGCGAAAAAUGAUUUCGAGAAAAAUUUGUACAAACUAAUGAACAACGUAGUAUUCGGUAAAAUCAUAGAGAACGUGCGCAAUCACGUGGAUGUUAAACUGUUAACGAAAUGGAACGGACCAUACGGCGCGGAGGCAAUGAUCGCGAAACCGAAUUUCCACAGUCGCAGCGUCUUUUCGGAAAACCUGGUCGCGAUCGAGAUGCGUAAGCUCGAGGUGAAGUUCAAUAAACCGAUCUACGUAGGUAUGUGCAUCCUCGACAUAUCCAAGGUCUGUUUGUACGAGUUUCACCACGAGUACAUGUUACCCCUUUAUCGCGAGAAGUGUAAGGUUACGUACACGGAUACCGAUAGUUUGAUUUAUCAUAUCGAGUGCGAGGACGUGUACGAGUAA